GCGUUGGGUUUAUUGUAGCCCUUGUCGAGGUCUUACAGGCUGUUUAGGCGCUGUGGCGAUGGACAACUCUCACUUUUAAUCUACUUAUGUGCGCAGGGAUGAAGGCUUAAUGAGAACAGACAGUGGUGAGGGCUGAACCCCCACGCCUCCACAUUGACUGACAGAGGAAAGCAUGGCCGGGGAAGGAGAGAAGAAACCAGUGCUGGAGAUGGUCCAGGCUGAUGGGGCUGAUGAGGGCUGUGUGACAUUUGUGCUGCAUGAUGAAGACCAUACACUGGGCAACUCCCUCAGAUAUAUGAUUAUGAAGACUGUGGAUACGGACUUUUGUGGCUACACCAUCACCCAUCCGUCAGAGAGCAAGAUCAACUUUCGCAUUCAGACGAGAGGGGGUCUUCCAGCCACAGAGCCACUGCGGAGGGGCCUGAAUGAGCUCAGUGAUGUUUGCAAACAUGUUCUGAACACCUUUCAGGCAAGAGUUAACGAGUUCAAAGAGCGGCAGGAGCAACCCAUGGAAUGAAGAGCAGUGCCUGUAAAGCUGUCGGAUACAGAUUCUACAAACAAAAUGUAAAAACAUUACCCUAAUUUGUUCCUUUUUAUAUGUCUACUUUGAGAGUAAGUCUCCUAUAUAAUAAUAAUAAUAGGUUUCUUGUGUCACAUUCAAACAUUUGUACAGUUUUCGUUUUUGUAUUAUGCUGCAGUCAAUGUAUAAUUUAUCAUAAAUGUGUAUGAUAAAUAUCUAGUAGUCCUGUGUUCAUCCUUCCUGAAUUUUUGGAAAGCAAUUUAAGCUGUGUAACUUCUAACAUGAAUAACACUCAGCCCUUGGA